CUCCCCCCCCCCCCCUCCACUCUCCUCCCAAAUCAGGCAUCGAGUUGUCAUCGGAGCACUUUGGUUACCCAUUCCUUUUUUUUUCUGCUCCAUAAUUCGUCUUGGUCUCCGUACAAUGGAGUUUGACUUGAGAAAGUUGCGAAGGAAGAUGAGAGAGGAUCACAGUUUUCAUUCUGCUAUGCUUUGUAUACUUCCGCAUGUCCUUUUUUUUCCAAAUGGAGAACGGCAAUGACCCGAAUCCAUUAUUAAACUCAAAACUUAGCGUCAUCCAAGUCUUUUCCCUUCGACCGAACCACCCAACAGGCACGAGACGAGAGGCAACAUCAAUCGAUUCAUCGAUCUCUCUCACACGACCUCGAUUUUCUGUUCAGACCCUCCGCCGACGUAUCUGAGAGACUAUGGGGAACUGGUGAUCGCCCUGGAGCAAGGUUAUCACGUCUCUGCCAUCUUCAACGGCCGACUCUGCACCAACGACUUCGAGGGAGAUGAUCCCGUGGUAGUAGUGCCGAUGGACCCGUGGAGCCGAGGAGUAGCCACCGACGGAUCCUUCGACUUCGUCACCUUCGACCAUUACGUCAUGGCACCGAACGGAGAAUUCCUGGUCUACGCCGGAUCCGUGGAUUCGACCGGGAACGCGACGCUGCAGUUCCUCUGGCUGUCCGAGUCGGAUGCCUCCAUCCACCAGAGGAAUUCCAUCGUCUGCGACAUCGAGAGCGGCGCUUACUUCGUGCAGAAGCGACAUCUGCAUCCCGAGUGA